CUAUCAACACCAACCUUGGAUGGGUCCUGUCCGGACCAGUCGAGAACCAUUCACAACAGAGAUUGGAAGCAUCUGUAAACAUGUCAUCCACUCAUGUUUUGCAGCUUGAAACCCCACCAUCCCAACCAAUGCACCACGAAGAUGACCAACAACUGAGACAAUUCUGGGAUUUGGAGUCACUCGGUAUAUCAAAGGAAGAGAAGUCGGUUGUUGAAGAAUUCACAAGUACCAUAGGUUUCAAGGCGGGAAGAUAUCACGUUGAGUUGCCAUGGAAAGAGCACCAUCCUUUACUGCCUGACAACUAUGAAAUGAGUCGUAAACGACUGUGGAGUCUACUCGAGCGCUUGAAACGUGAUCCCGAAGUCUUAAAGGAGUAUGAUGCAGUAAUAAAGGAUCAACUUACCAAGGGCGUUGUCGAGAUUGUUGAGAAAGAAGAUAUUGGAGAGCUCGGAAAAGUUCACUAUAUUCCUCAUCACGCUGUGAUCAGGCGAGAUAAAGAGACAACCAAGCUAAGAAUUGUGUAUGAUGCAUCCGCCAAAACAUCUGGUCCGUCCUUGAAUGAAUGCCUCUAUACUGGGUCUGCAAUGACCCAUAACAUCAUGGACAUUAUUCUUCGUUUUCGAAGCCACAAAGUAGCACUAGCGGGUGAUAUAGAGAAGGCUUUUUUGAUGAUAGCAGUUUCAGAAGCUGAUCGUAAUGAUCUACGGUUUCUUUGGUUCGAUGAUGUUUGGAGUGACCAACCUAAGAUUAUUGUCUUGAGAUUUACGCGUGUAGUAUUCGGAGUAUCAUCCAGCCCGUUCUUACUGAAUGCGACUAUCAGUCACCAUAUCGAACAGUACCGCGCUCAAGAUCCUGCCUUUGUCGAAGCCUUCAUGCGAGCUGUUUAUGUAGAUGAUCUAAACUCGGGUGGGGAUGAUGACAAAUCUGCCUACACUCUUUACAAGAAAUCAAAGCUUAGAUUGGCAGAAGGUGGAUUUAACCUUCGGAAGUUUGUUACCAACUCGCCCGAACUGUUGACGAAGAUCAAAAGUGAAGAGAACCCUCUUCCUAGAACUAAUUUGGAGCCUAACCCUCAAGUGGACGAACCGCCAAACGAUUGCGUAAAUGAAGAUGAAACGUACUCGAAGAUUACGCUAGGAACAUCCAAUGAAUCCUCUAAUGAAGAGCACAAGGUUCUCGGGGUAGCGUGGAAUUUUGUUGAAGAUGAUCUUGUGUUUGAUCUUAGUCAUGUGACCGAAUUGGCAUCCGAGUGUUCCCCAACAAAGCGAAAUAUCGUCCGUCUUUCUGCAAAGUUCUAUGAUCCGAUUGGCUUCAUGUCGCCAAUAACAGUUCAAUUCAAGAUGUUAUUCCAAUAACUGUGCGGAGAAAAGUUGAAUUGGGACGAUGAAGUACCCCAUGAUCUUAAAGUAAAAUGGGACAAUCUAGUUAAUGAACUAAAACAAAUGAAUCGCAUUCGGCUUUCUCGAUGCUAUUUUCGAGAGGUCGACGACCCAGUUAUCUCCUGCAUUGUCCAUGGAUUUGGUGAUGCCUCGAAGGCGGCGUACGCCGCAGUAACCUACCUGGUCAUGAUUACCACAAUUGGCAUCAGAGUAAAGUUCUUAGCAGCGAAAACACGAGUCGCACCAUUCGAGAGACAAACAAUUCCGAGACUAGAACUUCUAUCGUGUUUGAUCCUUGCAAGGUUAGUGAAGAAUGUUCAAACGGCAUUACGAGAUGAAAUUAAGUUGGAUGAUCCAGUCUGUUGGAGCGAUUUGAAAGUGGCACUUUUCUGGAUCACAAAUGGCAAUAAGGAGUGGAAACAAUUCGUUGAAAAUAGAGUGAGUGAAAUCCGGAGCCUCUUACCCACAGCCACCUGGCGUCAUUGUCCCGGUCGAGAUAAUCCUGCUGAUAUUCCAUCCAGAGGAAUAAAACCGACGGAGCUUACAAGCAAUGAGCUGUGGAGCUGUGGCCCUGAGUGGCUAACCGAUGUUGAAACACACUCUUGUCAAGAUGAGAAGGAAAUUACGCCUCCGAAGGAAUGUCUCGUUGAAGUUCGAUCCACCAAGUCGAGAACUGUUAACCUAAUUGUGAACACCACACCCCAAACCCUUAGCAAUAUCAUUAAUAUCGAGAACUUUGGAACCCUCGACAGACUGGUGCGAGUGACGGCUUAUGUCUUACGUUUUGUGAAGAUAUUGAAGGCGAAAACCAGAAAGAGUGACAUAGACGUAGAGCCCAGUUUAACAGUGAAUGAGAUUCGUGAAAGUAGAGAAUUGUGGAUCAAAGAAAUGCAAAGAAAAUUGCCCGAGAAGAACCAGUUUGAACAGUGGAAGGCAGAGUUUGGGCUUUACACUGACGAGCAAGACAUCUGGAGGUGCAAAGGUAGACUGGAAAAGGCGAACCUACCCCAGUCAGCAAAGCAUCCAAUUCUAGUUGACAAAGAGCAUUAUUUCGCAUCAUUGAUCGUUUACGACAGCCACAGAAGAGUGAUGCAUAAUGGAGUCAAAGAGACGUUGACUGAUAUAAGAUCGCAGUACUGGAUCGUCCGUGGGAGACAGUUUGUGCGAAAGUUGAUCGGGAGGUGUUCUAUUUGUCGGAGAUUCGAAGGCAAACCCUAUCAAGCUCCACCACCACCUCCCCUACCCGAAUUUCGAGUACGAGAAACACCACCUUUCACGGCAACAGGAAUUGAUUUCCUUGGUCCGCUCUAUGUUCGAACACACGAGAAGAGCGAAAAGGUGUGGGUAUGCCUUUACACAUGUUGUGUAACGAGAGCAGUGCAUUUGGACAUUGUACCAACCCUGACAAAAGAAGGAUUUAUUCGAAGUUUUCGGAGAUUUACCGCGAGACGCGGUGUUCCGUCAACGAUUGUGUCGGACAACGCCGGGACGUUUAAGGCGGCAUCGCGGGAGAUCAAAACGAUGUUGAGAGAUCCAGAGAUAAGGCGAUUCUUCGUCGGCAUGAACAUUACCUGGUCGUUCAAUUUACCCAAGGCACCCUGGUGGGGUGGAAUUUUUGAAAGACUUGUCAAAUCCACCAAGAGGUGUUUAAAGAAGACUGUUGGAGGAGCUCAAUUAACUUACGAAGAGCUCCUGACGGUGGUCGCUGAAGUGGAGAUGAUAUUGAAUUCCCGUCAAAUAUCAUAUGUUUCUACCGAAGAUCUACAAGAACCACUCACUCCGUCACAUUUGUUAACGGGACGAAGAUUACUGAGUAUGCCAGAGCAGGACAUUGGCAAUGACAUAUUAGAUCCCGAAUUCUCGUUAAACGAUAAGGACUUAAGUCGAAGAAUGAAGCACUUGAGCACACUAAUGAAUCAUUUCUGGACCCGUUGGCGUGACGAAUAUUUAAUGGAACUGCGCAAUUCACACCGCGGUAAGAACGACAACGGAAAGGGAACUAUCCGUGCGGGGGAUAUAGUUGUGGUUCACGACGAGUCGCAACCUCGAGCAUGUUGGAGAUUGGGCAAAGUCGAAAGGUUGAUCAACGGAGAGGACGGAAACGUGCGGGGAGCGAUCGUUAGAAUCAGUCCAAAGGGGAAACGGCCGACGACUUUGAAAAGAUCGGUACGGUUACUUUACCCACUAGAGGUAAGGUCCGACUCGGAAGCUGAAGAAAAUCGGUACGGAAAGAACGAACUUGACGAAGCGAUCGGAAAUGAAAUGAACCAAGUCGAAGUAAAGAGACCAAGACGUGAAGCGGCGAAGCGGGGAGAAGAACGGCGAAGGAAAUGGAUUGAGGAACUGAAUGACAGCUAAGUAGCUAGUGUAGAGAUAUUGCGAUAGUAGAAAGACUACUUGCAUUGACAACGUUGAUAAUUCAAAUUUGUAGACUAC